GCGAAAUGCAGUUUUUGGUUUUCAUUUGACAGGCUAAAUUUUAGUGUCACUCUUGAUACUUGUUCAUGUUGAUCUUCAAACAUGUCUUCUGACAGGAUAAGAAGCUUCCAAGCACCGAGUAACUACCCUUCAAGCAGUAUGCAUAGAAGCUAUAAUGCUCCAUUAUCCACAGAAUAUUUGAAUCAAUCAGCAGUUCCAGCAGGUAUUAGUCGAAGUCAGAUGGAGCCACCACCUUUACCUCCUCGACUAGAUCAAACUAUGGGAUCACCAUAUAUGAGAUCGCCUAUGAGGAGUUACUACAGCCCAUACUCUCCGUUUUCCAGCAACAUGUAUUCUCCUUACAGGGCGUAUGGCAGUUACAAUCGUUUUGGUUCUGCUCAUGAUCCGUACAAUAGCUUUAUUCAGUUAGCUGAAGAAAGUAGUAGACCAACUUUUGAGACAAUUGAAUCUGUUGUACAAGUUUUUAGCUCAAUCAGUAUGAUGCUUGAAUCCACCUAUCAAGCAGUUUAUAGUUCCUACAGUGCCAUUCUAGGAGUUGUAGAUCAGUUUUCUCGUUUGAAAGAUCACAUAGCCCAAGUGUUAUCUUUUCUUACUUUGCUACGAGGACUACGCUGGCUUUGUUUGAAGAUUCUUUACAUAUUAAGAAUAAGGAAACAAAAUCCUUCAGUUGAAGCUGCAUGGAUCUCUGCGGAAGGUACUAAUAGUAGUCUGCCUGAUUUGAACAAAGGUCCUCAUCAUUCUUCUUGGCCAUUUUUUAUGUUCAUAGGCUUGGUUGUGGGAGCACCCUGGCUAAUGUUCAAAUUAUUAGCAAGAUCUGUAAAGAAAACUGUUGAUCCCAAGCAGUGGAUUAGUGAAGAUGGUGUACGAUAUGCUGCACAAGCUAUGUAUAAUUUCAAAGCAACAAGACCCACAGAGCUCUCAUUUUCUGUUGGAGAAAAUUUAACUCUGUCUCCUGAAAGCUUUCAUCGUAAUAAACCCCAGAGUUGGUUAUUAGCAUGCAACCAAACUAAUGAGACUGGGCUUGUGCCUUGCAACUACCUUCGCAUCAAGGCAUUAAAAACUGUUCGCAGUGAUCAAGCAGCUGCAGCAAGAGUCGUUCCCAUAUUACCAGCCAAUGAAGGUAAUGCAACAGUUGAUACAGCUGCAGUAAAUAUCCCAGAUGACCUUCCCAAGAAUGAUUCUGUGCCUGUGAAUAUACCUGAAGAUAUUAAAGCUGCUGAGUUAUCAGAGACUGAAAAUUUGGAUGACAAGAAAUAAAAUAUUUAAAUUUUUGUAUAAUUCAUUCCCAUUAUCUUUUGUUAUGAUUUUUCUCUUUCAUGUGACAUCUUGUUAAUUCAUUUCAUCACUUGUUUUAAUGAAAGAGAAAUUGUUUAUUAUAAGUUUAUAAAUUACACAGUAGUGUGAGAAACUAGUAAAUCGAAGGUUUGAAUAAGAAAAUAAUCUUUUGAAAGUCUCUUCACUAAAUUUCAAAUGUAUUGGACAAUAGCAUUGCAGUGCUAGAAAAAUCAUUCACUUUAAUUUUACUAUUCCAGGUGAUAAAGUGGUUUGAACUUUUAAUGUUCAAAUUAACAACAUGGACUUAAUAUUCUUCAUUAACAUUAACACUACUAAAAUUAACUAAGCUCAUAUUGUGAUCAAGUGCUUGUUGUGUUAUUAAUCCCAAAUUUAUUCACAAAAUAUUUUGCUAAAAAAUUUUGUUUCAAUUUUAUUCCUUAUCAACAUAAAGUCGAAUAUACACACUAUAGUUAGGGUAAACAUAACCUGGCAGCAUUGUGAAGGCUACACAGAUCCUGACUACAACAUUAUGAUGCUGCCAGGUUAGGUUUACUCCAAUUAUAGGAAUUUCAUGUCAAUUUGGAAUCGUUAUGUGUUAAGAAUGUAAGAUUGUGGUGUUUUUUUUUUAAAUUGAUACUUCAUAAGUGUGUGACAAGAAAAUGAGCAAUUCCAUUACUACUGAAAGUUACAAUUUGAGAGUGAAAUAUAUUUUCUCUUAAAAUCAGUUUUUAAAAUGGUAGUGGUGAAAAAUCAUUUUAAGCAAAAAAGCGUUUUAAACUUCUGACAUAUCCCCCCCCACACCUUUUUUUUGCCUUCAUGUUUUUAUUCAAUGUGACAUAGGUAAAACUUGUAUCAAUACAUUUUUGUGUCAUACAAUCAUCAUGUAUUUUCUAUUUUUUUAAUCUCAGGCUUCAUGUAAUGUUUCUCUUCACUAUUUCAGAAAAUCCGUUUAGUUUUGUCCCUUUGUUUGCUAAUAAAAAAAAAAAAAAAGAAGCUUGACUUCUGUUUGUAUUGCAAAAAUUUUGUUCUUCUAUAACUUUCAUUUUCAAGCUAAAAAUUAUGAGUUUUCUUGAAGUUCAAGCAGUCUUUUUUCAAGUUAUUAAUUAUCGUGUUUCAAAUUAUUAAUUAUACA